AGUCAGCCGCUGUAGCCUCGCCGAGCCCACCGUGCCUGGGAGAUGGGAAGCGGCGCCGACUGGGGGAAGUGCGGCGGCACGCGGGCUCUCCCAAGCCCGGCGGCGUCCCUCGCCGCCGCUGGGAAGUGAAGAAUAUGAGGCAGAUUUACCGCUGAGUGGAGAAACAGUCGCUUCUAGAUAUGGAGACCAGCACCUGCGUGAUGCUCCCUCUGGUCUCCUGCUUCCACUUGCUGCAGCUCUGGCCUUUCUUACUUCUCGCCUCAGCACUUCCAUCCCACAGCGCCUGGUCUCUGCGCACCCGGGGCCUUCUGGCAGCACGGCCCCUUUGCAGCCACCGCAGCAGCCCUUCCUCCCCUCGGUCCGUUUGCAUCUGGGACAAGAACCCCGCCCCGGAGAAAGGACCCCGCUCUACCUCACAGCGCCAUCGGUCUGUGGUUCCCAAAGGGGCUGGGCUGCGCAGCUCAGUGCGCCUGAGGCGCCAGGCUCAGGGGACCCGGCCUGCCACUCCGUCUGGCUUCGAGGAUGGCCUGUCGUCCUCCCAGUACCCCUGGGCCAUUGUCUGGGGCCCCACAAUAUCCGUGGAGGAUGGAGGCGACGCCAACUCUGCCAACCCUGGCUUCCCACCUCUGGGUUACACCUUCGUUUCGUCAAGCGGAAUGGCCACAGCGCAACCCAACUCCCACUCCCUGCUACACAACGAAGGGCUCAACCUGCGCCAAACCCCAGCCACCCUGCGGCCCUUCCUUUUUGGGCCACGGGGAGAAGGUGUGGACCCUCAGCUGUAUGUCACCAUUACGAUCUCUGUCAUUAUUGUCCUUGUUGCUCUGGGGAUAAUACUCAAAUUCUGCUGGGACAGGAACCAGAAGCGACGUCACCACUCCAGCCAGCAAAGUGGAUUGCAGCAGGAGGGUAGCCAUCAGCCCUUAACAGACCUAUCUCCCUCUGCGGUCAGCAUCCUGGGGCCCUUCAGCGACUCGCCGACCCCGACACCAGACAUGAUGGAAACUGGACAGGUACUGGAAGGCAUGGAGAAGCUAGAGGGACUAGGGAAGACCAGUGCCUUCCAGCUCAACAGGAUCCCACUGGUGAACCUGUGAUUGCCCUGGAAGCAGCAGGCCCGGCUCCUUCGUUGCAAGACCAAACACUGAGUUGGCCAGAGAGUCCCAUAGAACUGGCAGCCUUCCCUUUUAGUUCCAUCCGCCUGAGAGUAUGGUACUGCUACUCCUCACACAGCAGCAGCAGUAUUGUAGAUCCCUUUGUGCCCUGACAUUCUGUCACCAUUGCAGACCCAGCCCAAAUCAAGGUUUUAGCUCAGGAGGAGUUGGGCUCCGUGGUGGGUCUUCAUGGCAGAGAUGAUGACUGGGGUGGUCUAAUGU